AUGGCCUCAGCUACCUCUCUGACCAGCCUGGCAGAUGAAGUCAACUGCCCCAUUUGCCAGGGCAUCCUGAGGGAGCCUGUAACCAUUGACUGUGGCCACAACUUCUGCCGAGGCUGCCUCACCCGCUUCCUGGAGAUCCCUGGCCUGGACACCGAUGAAACCCCUACUUGCCCUCUUUGCAAAGAGCCUUUCCGCCCAGGGAACUUUCGACCCAAUUGGCAGCUGGCCAGUGUGGUAGAGAAUAUUGAACGCCUCCAGCUGGUGCCAACAUCAGGCUCAGAGGAAGAGGACGUUUGUAAGGAGCAUAAGGAGAAGAUCUACUUCUUCUGUGAGAAUGAUGAAAUGCAGCUGUGCGUAGUAUGCCGGGAAGCCUGGGAGCACCGGGGCCACACUGUGCGCUUCCUGGAGGAUGCAGCGAGACCCUAUAGGGAACAAAUUCAGAAGUGUCUUGAGAGUCUAAGAAGAGAGAGAGAAGAAAUUCAAAGAAUCCAGUCAAGAGAAAAUCAAAGGAUACAAGUUCUUCUGACUCAGGUGGCUACCAAGAGACAAAAAGUGAUUUCUGAGUUUACACAUCUGAGCCAGUUCCUGGAGGAACAGCAAGGUGUCCUCUUAGCUCAACUGGAGAUAUUGGAUGAGGACCUUUUAAAGCAACGAGAUGAAUUUGAUGUCUUGGCUACUGGAGAGAUCUGCCGAUUUAGUUCUCUGAUCACAGAACUGGAAGAGAAGAGUGAGAGAACAGCAAGGGAGCUGCUGACGGAUAUCAGAAGUACUCUCAUAAGAUGUGAAACCAGAAAGUGCCGGAAGCCAGAGGCUGUUUCCACUGAGCUGGGUCAGAGGAUUCGGGACUUCCCUCAUCAGGCUCUCCCGCUGCAGAGAGAGAUGAAGGUGUUUUUGGAAAAACUCAGCUUUGAAUUGGAUUAUGAACCAGCUCACAUCUCUCUAGACCCGCAAACUUCCCACCCUAAGCUUCUCUUGUCUGAAGAUAACCAGCAGGCUAGGUUCUCCUACAAAUGGCAAAACUCACCUGACAACUUUCAUCGUUUUGACCGGGCCACCUGUGUCCUGGCCCAGGGCGGCUUCACAGAGGGAAGACAUACUUGGGUGGUGAGUGUAGACCUGGCCCAUGGGGGCAGCUGCACUAUAGGUGUGGUAAACGAGGAUGUGCAGAGGAAGGGGGAGCUACGACUAAGGCCUGAAGAGGGAGUAUGGGCAGUGAGGCUGGCUUGGGGUUUUGUUUCUGCUCUGGGGUCCUUCCCCACAAGACUGACCCUAGAAGAGCAGCCCCGGCAAGUGAGAGUGUCUCUUGACUAUGAGGUGGGUUGGGUGACCUUUAUCAAUGCUGUAACCCAAGAGCCAAUCUAUACCUUCACUGUCUCCUUUACUCAAAAAGUCUUUCCCUUCUUUGGGCUUUGGGGCCGAGGAUCCAGUUUCUCUCUGAAUUCCUGAGAUGGCUUUCAAGAAUUGUAAAAGAGGAUUGU